CUAAACAGGAACUUCCGUCCCGAGCGGCGUCACCGUGUUAUGAUUCCCCCUCUUGUACACACGUUGACGUGAUGACGUAAAGCGCGGUAAAUCUCUUCUAUAGAUCGUGAAACAUGCAUUUAACACAUGAACUGGAGCUUUUUCCUGACCACAGAGUGACUCAAAUGCUCUUCAAGGAGGUGAAGAAUGCGUCAGAGUUGAGACAGUGUGCUGUGGAGGGUAAAAUAAACGGAGCCCUGAUCAACCCGACGAUGCUGGUGAGUCCUUUCCAUGUGCUGGUAGCUGCUAACAAGGCUGUCAGUUUACAGAAAAGUGGCAAAAUGAAGACAAGAAGUUUAUACUCAGAGAUAAUCUUCAACCUGUCACCUACUAAUAAUAUUUCUGAGGCGUUCAAAAGGUUUGGGAGCUCUGACGGCGACGAGUCUGUCCUGGUGGUCUUGGUUCACAACAAAGAUGAGUCCCAGGUUCUGUCAGAUAUCACAGCCAGAGUGAGCGGACGGCAGGUUCCAGCGGAAGACAUUUCCUCGCUGACAGACCAUGCAAAAAUCAAAAAGCUGUAUAAAAUCACCCCUCAGGAGGAGAAGUGUGGGACUCUGCUGGACGCAGUUGUAUGCAGGAUGGCCACCAAGGACGUCAUGUAGCUACAACAGGAAAAUGUACAAGAGUUAAAAGAAAAUAAAAAUAAAUGGUUUCCUUUUUUUCAUAUGA